AUGGCAGCGGCCAGCUCUAAGACGAUCCGGUGCUGCUACCGAGUUGCAGAUGGCCUCAUCAGUUCCAACCCUCAAUUUCGCUCAAGAGGGACAGUGACGCUCCUCCAGCAGUCACGGGCCUUUUCAACCACUCAAAAGACCUCUCAACUAGAAGAAAGCAUCGCACUCCGGACUCGCUUGAUACCUGCCUCUGCAUCGUAUUACAAUGCAAACCCUGAGUACUGUGAUAACAUUCUUGCGCUCGAAGAAUUGCUCAGAAAGCACGAAACCCUCCCCACAGUUCCUGGUGAUCAGGCCCCGCAGGUCAAAUGGAAAACCCUUGUCGAGUACCGUGACAUGAUCGGUGGCUACGUCAAACCUUCACGGUACAACAGAGUCAGCAGGAUUCUUAAUCGUCUCAACCGUAUCGAACCUUCGUUGUUACCACAAGAGACGAAAGAGGCGCUGGAGCCAUACAAGCAUGUGGCCAACGAACACUUGAACAUUCCAAGGCCAAGGACUGUCGAUGGGCUUGGGAGGGCAUAUGGCUGUGGAAGGAGGAAAACAUCAGUUGCAAGAGUGUAUGUGGUCGAGGGAAAUGGUGAAGUUAUGAUCAAUGGAAAACCAAUAAUGGACGUAUUCCCGAGGCUACACGAUCGUGAGAGUGCACUCUGGCCACUCCUCUCAACGUCCAGAAUGGACAAAUACAACGUCUGGGCUGUAUUGGAGGGUGGAGGAACAACUGGACAGGCUGAGGCCUUGACCUUGGGACUUGCUAAGGCUUUGCUAGUCCAUGAGCCGGCUCUCAAACCGGCUUUGCGGAGAGCUGGCUGCGUGACUCGCGACCCCAGGGGCGUUGAGAGGAAGAAGCCCGGUCAUCUUAAGGCCCGUAAGAUGCCCACCUGGGUCAAGCGUUAA